GCCAACGCCACUUUCUCUUGCCUUAUUUAUAAACCUCAAAUUCUUUCAGCCUUGAGCCUUCCGUUAUCUCUCCAACCUCCCUCUCGCUCCACCGCCCGCGGCGGCGCCACCGCUGUCACCACCGUCAUCUCGCCGAGAUCCACCAUCGUCUCGUAGUUCCCGGAGAAUCUAAAUCUGAGUUUUUCAAUCACCCCAUAAUACCCAGUUUCUCUCUUUCUCUCUCUAAAACACUGUCGAGAAAUUUUAAAAUUUUUUAUUUUUACAAAUUAAAUACCAUUUCUGGACUUCGAUCUAAGAUUUCCUUUUCUUUUUUCUUAUUCAUUUUCUGUUUGGGCCCUUUUCAUAGUUUCUUGUCCUUUUUUGUGAACAAAUUAUUUCUGACCAUUUUGCCCAAGAUUCGUGCUGACGUGGCAAGCUUUUUUAAUUGUAUUUUCUCUCUUUAGAAUAAACGGACGGCUAGGAUGAGUUAUAACUCACGUAGACCGUUGAUGCCCGUUCCGUCACGGAAGCGAAAAGAAAGAGAGGCAUUUUAUCAUGUCAAGUCAUCGAAACCGUUAGCUCAAGUAACAGCCGUUAAUCCUGCCGUUAGUAGUGGGAAUCCAACGACGUCGUCAGAGAAGCAGCCGAUGUGUUCGAACCGGCUUUUAGCCGGUUAUAUGGCUUACGAGUUUUUAACCAAGGGAACUCUGCUUGGGGAGAAAUUUGACCCGGCUAGAGCCGAGGCUGUUCCAGUGAACUCAGCCGACUCGAAAAGAAACAAGCCUGGUCAGAGUCAUGGUCUACAGAGUGUUGAAGCUGAGCCGAGCGGGAAGAUAAAACAGCAGAGCUAUGCUGAGGUGGCAAGCUUGUUGAAGGGUGAUGGGGCCCAUAUUCCAGGAAUAGUUAAUCCUACUCAAUUAGGUCGAUGGAUUCAGAUGUGAAAUCGACUACAUGAUUACGUGGAGUAAUUUCAUUGGAUGAAAUUUAAGUGGUCCACUUUAUAUAUCUGUGGUCUUCCUUAGCUUAAAAAUUCUCAUCUCGAGUACGUAGAUUUGAUUAUCUCUAAUCUCUCUCUCUCUCGACAUUUCUUCUGAAACUGUUUAAGGUCUCAGGCCAGAUUAUCUUGUUUUUAUUUUCUUUAUAUUCUGUUUCAUGCAUGAAAAAUUGAAAAUCAACUCUUUUUUGUUUCCAAGAAGACGACCUUCUUUUUCAUCCA